UAUAUUUGCUUUUCACCUUCGGCCGUUAACUUGUUGCGUUGAAACUCUAUAGUCUGGGUCCUUGGAAGAUGUGAUAUCGACGUUUCGGUAGUUUGUUCUCUUUCCCUUUAGCCUUUAAAUAUUAGAAAUACAAGAAAUACAGGGUGUAAAUGUAGCUCCUACCUCUGUUUGGUGAGCUUCCCACCUAAAGAAGCGAUAGUGUCUUGCAAAAGAAAAAAAACAAAGCUACCCCAGUGUUUUGGCUGGGAGGUAGGUUUGGAGGGGGAGGGAGAAAAGAAACAUCCCUGGCUGUAGUUUGGACCCUUACGCCGUCAUCUGUAAGCUGAAGAAGUGUUUAAAGACAGGAAAUAAUUUAUUGUAGAAUAAUCCUACACUUGCUUAUACGAUGGGUGCUGGGGAGAGAUAUCAGGGGCAGUUAGAAGUCUGAGGAAGGGAGGAGAUUUGUGGGGAAAUAUUUGAAACAGAGAAAGGUGAAAAAUGGAAAACACUUAUGAGAGUGAAUGAGAAGCUAAACUCUGAUACCCUCUUAGAAAAACAGAUUAUGCAUUAUUCCCUGCCAUGAACUCCUCAAGAGUGUAAGCGCAAAGCUUCUUCGUUUGAGUUGUGUGAAUAAUAACAAACUCAUCUAUUAGUUUAAAAUUAUAACUUAUUAAAGUAGUAGUAAGUAGGUGCUUAGUUAAAUAGUAGUACUUUGAGUAGGGCAAUUUUGAUAUGGGUGCUGAGCUCAUAGUCAGGUUUGAUGACCUUAAAGGUAUUUGAGCUCUUUGAGGGAGAAACUUGCUGACAGAAGAGAAACAAGCAUCCUCAAGCUACCAGUGUGUAGGACCUGAAUCCAUGUCAUCUUUUCCAGGUGCCUCCCUGUUUUUUAAGUUUUAUUUUUUGAGACAGAAGAAAAAAAAAAAAGAUCAAAAUGGGGCGGAGAUCUACAUCAUCCACCAAGAGUGGGAAGUUUAUGAAUCCCACGGAUCAGGCCCGGAAGGAAGCUCGGAAAAGGGAACUAAAGAAGAACAAAAAGCAACGGAUGAUGGUACGAGCAGCUGUACUGAAGAUGAAAGAUCCAAAGCAGAUUAUCCGGGACAUGGAAAAAUUGGAUGAGAUGGAGUUUAAUCCAGUACAGCAGCCACAACUUAAUGAAAAAGUGCUGAAGGAUAAACGCAAAAAGCUCCGUGAGACUUUUGAACGCAUCUUGCGGCUCUAUGAGAAGGAAAAUCCUGACAUCUAUAAAGAACUACGCAAGUUGGAAGUGGAGUACGAGCAGAAGAGAGCACAACUCAGCCAGUAUUUUGAUGCUGUCAAGAAUGCUCAGCAUGUUGAAGUAGAGAGUAUCCCCUUACCAGAUAUGCCUCAUGCUCCCUCCAACAUCCUCAUACAGGACAUUCCCCUUCCAGGGGCCCAACCACCUUCUAUCCUCAAGAAGACAUCAGCAUAUGGACCACCAGUUCGGUCCAUUUCUGUGCUUCCUCCUCCUGGGCUUGGUGUUCCACGUUUACCUCCAGGCAGGAAACCCCCUGGACCUCCACCAGGGCCACCCCCACCUCAGGUCCUGCAGAUGUAUGGCCGUAAAGUGGGUUUCAACUUGGACGUGGCUCCUCGAAGGCGAGAGGAGGAGAUUUCUUACAGUUCUGAAGCAGGACAGCGAGGCCAUGAUGAUGACAUGUCCAGCACUAGCGAAGAUGAAGGUUAUCCUGAAGAUAUGGAUCAAGAUAAGCACGACGAGAGCAGCGAUGACAGUGACAGUGAUAGGUCAGAUGCAGACAGUGAAGGAGAGGACUUCCUGCAUCGUGAUAAUGACAAGGAGAGGGAAGGUGGAGAAGAAAAGAAAUCAGGUCACAGUGUCCGGUUUGCAGACAUGCCUGGGAAGUCACGAAAGAAGAAAAAGAACAUGAAAGAGCUGACUCCACUCCAGGCCAUGAUGUUACGAAUGGCAGGUCAGGAAAUCCCAGAAGAAGGGAGAGAAGUGGAGGAAUAUUCAGAAGAAGAGGAAGAGGAGGAAGAGGACUCAGAGUCCGAAGACACAUCACAGCAACAGCAGCAACAACAACUCAGUGAGGAAGCACUUGCAGAGACUGGAUCAUCUACUGCAACUUCCCAGGCACAGCAGCAGCAGCAGAGUUCACAGGCUGUGCCUCCAACUCAGAUCCAGGCACCUCCCAUGCCUGGGCCUCCUCCGCUGGGACCACCUCCAGCCCCUCCACUGAGGCCUCCAGGCCCACCCACCGGCCUUCCUCCUGGCCCUCCCCCAGGAGCUCCUCCGUUCUUGAGACCUCCCGGGUUACCAGGGCUGCGUGGGCCUUUGCCACGACUGCUGCCACCAGGUCCUCCCCCGGGGCGACCACCAGGUCCUCCCCCAGGCCCCCCACCAGGUCUGCCCCCAGGCCCUCCUCCACGUGGUCCUCCUCCUCGUCUGCCUCCUCCUGCCCCACCAGGUAUCCCUCCUCCUCGCCCAGGCAUGUUACGGCCACCUCUGGUGCCUCCCUUAGGACCUGCCCCACCUGGGCUCUUCCCACCAGCUCCCAUUCCAAAUCCUGGGGUACUGAGCGCCCCCCCGAGCUUGAUUCAGCGGCCCAAGGCGGAUGACACCAGUGCGGCCACCAUAGAGAAGAAAGCCACGGCCACCAUCAGUGCCAAGCCGCAGAUCACCAACCCCAAGGCGGAGAUCACGCGCUUCGUGCCCACUGCCUUGCGAGUGCGCCGCGAGAAUAAAGGGGCUUCCGCUGCCUCCCAGAGAAAACAAGAUGAUGAGCCUGCACUCCCGUUAACCAAAGCUGCCCCUAAGGCUGGAUCAUCUGCCCCUGUCUCUGUACAGACAAAGGAUGAUGUGUAUGAAGCCUUCAUGAAAGAAAUGGAAGGUCUCCUGUGACCUGUCGUAGUCCUAGACAGCUUUCCUGCCCCUCUGACCACGAAUCAGAUCACUGUGGAGAGAGAAGAAGGGAAAGUCCUCCUGCAAGCAAUGAAAGGGCAUGACUGGAAAUAGUUCCCUACCCACAGGUUAACUUGCCAGUGUGCUGUGAAUAGAGACCGCUGCAGCCGAGGUGUGCCUGGGGACCUCCUUUCAGAGCCACCGUGUGCACUUAGUGAAAGGAAAUUGCAGUAAAGAAGGCGAUGCUGCUCCCCUCAAGUCCUCCCCUUUCUUUGGAGGGAGAUGAUGGUACUCUGGGGUCAGGGGUGACUAUUCCCUGCCUGAAUCCUUACACACCCUGAGUGCUCUGGCGAGGGUAGUGGAACAGGUUUUUAAGGAGCCAGAAAAGUGUUAGCAGCAUUUCAUACACAAAUGGUUGUCCAGUUUUUAUUUUCUGUACUUUUUUUUUUUCUGUAAAUAUUUUAUAAUCAUGUUUUUUAGUUGCAGUGAGGUUGAUCAGUCAUCUUUCUUCCAGGGUAGUCAGGGAGGUAAUUUGUUGCAUAUACUGUACACUGGAAUUUUGCACCCUCUCCCCUUUAUGGUCAUCUUGAUGGAUUUUUGUUGGCUGGGGAAACUUCAUUUUGUCUUGUGGAAGACAAUAAAUGUUCAGUGUAUCAAAAUA